AUGAAGGUUAUUGUGCUUCUUCUCUCCGCUCUUGCCGCCGUUUCGGCGUUCGCCCCUUCGGCCGUCCCCCGAUCAUCCUCGGUAUGCUUGAACGCCGAGGCUGAACAGUCCCGAAAGGCCUUCCUUUCAGUGGCUGCUGCUUCCGUUGUCGGAGCUGCCUUCUCUGGUCUUCCUGCCAACGCCAUGGACCAAGAGCUGGUCACUGACCCCACUGAGCAGUGGGAAACUGGUUCCCCAGGCGCUAAGGCCGAGGCUGCUCGCAUUGCUCGAUACAAGAAUGCCCGCACCCAAAUGAACUCGAACUUCGCUCCUAUCAAGCGUCUGACUCUUGAAAGGAAGAGCCCUGUCACCCGUCUUGAUAUCAAUGCCCCCAACUUUGGAGCCUACAAGAAGACCUACCCCGGACUCUUCAACAAGUAA